AGUCGAAACAGAGUAGGUAGUACUUACGUAGGAAAGGAAGGCCAGCUCCGGGUCUUAGCUGCGGAUAAUCCUACCCUGCCAACUCCACCCCCCAGUGGACGAGCAAAAGGACAGGGAAGGGCCAUGUCAGGCCGGACCAAAAUUAGCAGCGGCGAGGGUCUGGAAGAGUUAUCCCGCGUCCCAUCCCCGCUUCCAUUCGAGGCCUCGACCGCUGGGGCCCGGGGCGACCCGCGCGCUCAUUGGUCGGUGCGGGCCAGGGAGGCGCGCCAGCUUCCCUGCUAAGUUGCUAAGGGAGGGGGAGAAAGGGCACUGCUGAGUUCUGGUCAGAAGUCUGACCGGCCCAGGCCGAGGCUCCCAUCGAAUUGAAAUGAACUAACUGAACAGUCAGUCGUAUGGAUCGGGGAACCUGGUCAGAUGUUCACUCGGAGUCUGUGGGAGGA